CGGGGUGCAACUUUUGAUGGGUUGUUUUAGAGACCAAUCUGAACAAAUAAUGUGAAAUUCAGCUUGCCCCCAAUUUUUUCGAGGUUCGACUAAAAAUUUUGCUAAAAUGACUGUACUACAGAAGAUUGUUUAUAUAAUAACAUCUACACACCGAAGAUACCAUCAAAGGGAGAUCCUUUGAAAGCAGUUAUCGUAUGCAUACACUCCGGAGGAAUGUUUCAUGGCUCACCAGAUCCAUCAUACCAUGGUGCACCAGAUUACAUCAUGCAUCAUGAUGUCGUGUACGUCUGCGUGGGAUUUAGACUACAUGUUUUAGGUCUGCUUAACUUGAAGUUGGAAAAUUGCUCCGGAAAUCAAGUUUUAAAAGAUAUUAUACUCAGUUUACGAUGGAUAAAGGAAAACAUUCAUGUUUUCGGCGGCGAUCCAGAAAAUAUCACUGUCAUGGGUGCGAGUAGUGGAUCAGCAUAUGUACAUCUAUUGCUAUUGUCACCACUGGCUAAAGGUUUAUAUCAUAAGGCGAUUCUCAUGGGAAUGUAUAUCUUUAAUCCGCUUUUGGUGCACUCCCGUGACGUUAUGACUCCGGCUUACGAAGCUGCUAAAACUCUAGGUUAUACCGGUCCAAGAGGAGAUGAUAAAAAACUACUAACGUUUUAUAAAAAAUUAGACGUUUUGCAAAUUAUUGCAGCGAGGCUCGAAAAGUAUUUCAACGAGACAACUAUUCAAGUUUUUCCUACAUCACCUUUCAUACCUAACGCGGCACCAGGGGAGAAGUCUCCUUUACCUGUAUCACCUGAAAAACUUAUUCCUUCCACAAAUCGUGUGCCAAUCUUGAUCGGGUUCUGUCGAAGAGAAGCAGCAAUUGGUAUUGCGUUAGCGAACUCAUCCAGUAAUCCAAAUCACAUGGCGGAUAAUUUUCACAAAGCGAUCGCUCAGAAUUGUUGGGGAUGGGGGGGCAGUCUUAACGACGAUGAACUAACACAAAUAAAAGAGGAAGUGGAAAACUUUUAUUUGAAAGGAAAGUCGGCAAGAACAGCAUCCGGAUCGCUUCUUUGUGAUAUUCUUACAGAUGCUGCGUUGUCUGGUGUUUACGAUUCCUUGAUUAAUGUAAUUUCAGCGGAUCUUCCAUCAUCAGUAUACGCCUAUAAUUUCUACUACGAUGGAAAAUUAGAUGGAUUGAGAGGCAGGAUUGAAAAAAUGUUAAGGACACCUUUGAAAGGAGCAUUUCACGCCGCCGACUUUGACUAUUGGCGUUACGAUGAAAAAACAGUUGGUAAACGUAUGGAACACCUGCAGCAAAAAGAUCGAAAUAUGAUCGACACAAUCACGAGUCUUCUAACUACAUUUGCUAAAACAGGCAAUCCAAACUAUGAAGGAAUGGAAGUGAAUUGGAAGCCAACAAACCCUGAGCACCCAAGCCAUUUAAUCAUAGAUGAAACGCUCGACGCCAGAGACGAGGUAUUAAAUGGUGAAAGAUUGGAGUUUUGGCUUAGGUUGAAAAAGAAAUUCCGAAAAGAUUGUAAUGAUAAUUUAUAAAUUCGUAGGCUUGAAUAAAAUUUCGUGUCAUGUGUACCCAAA